GAGAUUCUCCCGGGUUUCCCCCCCCCGCAUCUUCUCCACCCCUGCCCCCCCCCCCAUAACGUUGUCUCUGCUCCCGAGUCCCUCCCCUGGUUCCCUCCCCACGGGGACCGCAGCGCUGAACGAGCUGGAGCCGGGGGCGCACCCGAGGGCGGGGAGCCCAGCUGGGGAGCCCGCUCCUGCCGCCGCGCUGCACUUGGCCCUGUCUCCAGACCUGAUGGAAGAGGAGGAAGAUGAGAUGGAGGAGCGGGAGGGGAGCUCUCAGUCUGAGGGACGCAGGCUGGUGAUCUCCAUGGAUGGGGAUUCAUCGCAGUCCACUUCUCUGCCAAAGUGGGGCUCUCCCAGGCCUCCGGACGGGCAGCCCGAGGUGCAGCAGGAGGAAGGGGAACCAGGGGACGAGGAGGAGAACCAGGAGUUCCAGGUGCGGACGUUGAGGAUCCCAGCGGAUGGGGACUUACUGGACUCUGCCGCUUUCCCGGAGGAGCUGUCUGAGGAGGAGGAGGGAGAUGAGGAGGAAGAGGAGCUGGUAAUCAGAAGGGUGAAGGAAGAGGACCAAGAGUUUGAGCUGGAGUCGGUGGCACGCCGGGGCUUGCUGUCCGCGAAGGAGCCAGUGGUGGAUUCGGAAGUGCGGGUGGAGCCCAAGCUCGAGGGGCAGAAGCUGAGGAUCCCAGUGGAGGGGAAUUCUCCUGUCCUGCAACUGAUGGCAUCCCCGGGGGGUGGGGGCAGGACGAGGGCACCGAUGCCGGAGCGCUCCAACACCUGUGUGGAGUGCGGCAAGAGCUUCAGCCGUCGCUCCAAUCUGGUGAAGCACCAGAUCAUCCACACCGGUGAGAAGCCCUUCUCGUGUGGGGAGUGUGGACGCAGCUUCACCCAGAGCUCGGCCCUUACCAAGCACCAGCGCACCCACACCGGGGAGCGCCCCUACGUCUGCGGGGAGUGCGGCAAGGCCUUCACCGCCAGCUCCAACCUGCUGCAGCACCAGCGUUUCCACACCGGGGAGCGCCCCUAUGUCUGUGGCGAGUGCGGCAAGGCUUUCAGCCAGAGCUCCAACUACAAUCUGCACCGGCGCACGCACACUGGAGUCACCCCCUACCAGUGUGGCGUCUGCGGCAAGCGCUUCACGGGCAGCUCCUGCCUGGCUCGCCACCGGCGCACCCACACCGGCGAAAAGCCCUACCAGUGCUCCGAGUGCGGCAAGCGCUUCUCCGGCAGCUCCACCCUGGUCAAUCACCGGCGCACCCACACCGGCGAAAAGCCCUACGGCUGUGCGGAGUGCGGCAAGGCUUUCACCCACCAUUCCAACCUGGUGGACCACUGGCGCGUCCACACUGGCGAGAAGCCCUACAUCUGUGCUGAGUGCGGCAAAAGCUUCCGGCUCAGCUCCCACAUCAUCCGGCACCGGCGCACCCAUGCCAAUGCUGGCACUGCCAACACCAACGGGGCUGACAGCCUGUAUAUCUGCAGCCAGUGUGGCAAGGGCUUCCAGGUCGAACCCAGCCACCUGCAGCAGCAAGCCCGCCAGGAAGAGGGACCCUAUAGCUGUACCGAGUGCGGCAAUAGCUGCUGGACGUAGAGGGGCGGAGCCUGUUGCAGGGGCGGGGCUUGUCAUGUCCCGUCCCCCGCCCCUCCACUCCAGGCACUUUGAACACCCACAGAUGGUGGGAUCGGUUCCUGGGGGGGGGCAGAAUUGGAUCCAGCCGGGGGCAGGGCUUGGAGUGCAGCUUGCUCCAGGAACCCCCUGUAUGUAGGGCAUGUGGCGUCAGCUGCUGGAGGAGGCGGGGCUUGGAGCACAGCUAGCUGCCACGCCCCCAGUUCCAGGGUCCACCUCUGGGAUCAGCUCCCACGGGGGUGGGGCCUGGUUCCCCCGGGGGGGUGGAGCUCUACCAGCCGAGUAGAAGGACCUUCAGAGCCUUAUGUAGCAGUGGUGGCCAGAUGCAGAGAGGGGGCAGGGUCCUUCCGAGUAGAAGGAAGGUGGAUCCUGAGGGGGGCAGAACCCAGCCCCUCUCCUCCAUGGCAGUGAGCCCCCAGGCUCCCUCGUUUUCUGUGGUAUUGCUCCUGCUAGGGUGACGCAACAGCCAUGGAGAGAAUUUGCGGGGGGUGGGGUGGUGGUGAGUGGCAGAGUCUCCCCCUACCCCCCCACAGAGGGCUGAGUUGUAUGGUAGGGUCCCCUGUGGUCCAUCUUCCCAUCUCUACUGGAAGGAGCAAACUUGGAGGGCAAGAAGCUGAAUUGUGAGGAGUGGGUUGGGGCUAGUGGAGGGGUGAGGAGUGGAUUGGGGCUAGUGGAGGGUGCCUCGAAGUGUAUGUGUGGGGGAACAGAUCCCCCGCCCUUCUAAGCCCGGCCCCUACUACGGUGCAGCUAUGCCAUUGUGGUGGAGAAUCAGUGGAAGGGGCUGACUCGGAGACAGGGACCUUGGAUCUGCUGGCGAGCAGGUGCUGUGGACUUCAACCCUGUUUCCCUGCCCUCGUGCUGUGGGCUGAGUGCAGAGGGGCUGAUGUUGUAGGUGAAUCAAUAGACUGGGGCACAGUUUGGAUCUCCAGGGGGUGACCCACCUGGGAUCUGAUUCCCCUGGACUGGGAGUCACAAGGGAGCCCAGAAAUUGAUGCAGGAUGAUUCCCACAAGGCUGGGUCUGUGGCUGGAGAGCAGAGCAGGGAAUAGAGGGAUGACGUUGCCCAUAGGGCUGUGUGGGUAUGAAGCUGCUCCCUGGCUGGCCUGUCAGGGAAUCACGGUGCUGUGCGGAGAACAGGCUGUACUUCUCUUUUGUUUUAGUGGGCAAAAAAAUCAUAGCCAGACCCUGCUUUGUCUGAGUCGUCUCUGCAGCGCUGAGCCCGGGAAUGCCUCCUCUGUGCUGGAGCGGGAGCAGUGUGUCCUGGGAUCAGCAGUCUCCCCCUCUACCCAGCAGCCAUCAUUAACCCUGCAGGUCCCAUCCCAGUUGUCAGCCCAUCCCUUUGCUCCCCUGGGAGGUUGCUAGUUCUGGGCCUCACUCUCUGCCUCCUGGGAGCCGGGGGGGAGUGAGGCUGCUGCGAACUGGAGGGGCUGCUUCUCAACAGCUUGCAAAGACAUGCUUUCACACAGGGAGGGGCCGCCUGGGUCCACCGCCCAGCUCCUCUCUCUGUGGCACACACAGCUGCUGGCUCUGGAGCCAGGAAAUGUCCCCUCCUGGGCCUGGAGCAGCCAGAAAGGAUUCCCGGAGCCCAGUUAGUCCUGCCCAGUUCCCAGCUGGCACCUGGCCAUGCUCUAGUUCCCGGCUGGGUGAUCAGUGUCAUCCCCUAUAGGAUAAACCCUCUUCUCCUUCCCUCCCCACUCUGCACUUGCCCAACUCCAUCCCCAGAGCCUUCACUGCAGGGAGCACUAACAGCCCCUUCUGGACUGUGUCCAAAGGAUUUGAGGUAGUAGCAGAGAGUUAGGGUGGUUGUUGUUGUUGUUAGGUAUAUUACAGUGGCAGCUGAAGGUCUGCCUCUGUGCUGGGAGUUGUACAGUAUGCAUGCCAGGUGCUGGGCAGGUCCAGGGUGAGGGACAGCCCCUGUCCCAGAGAGCUCCCAGUCUAGAUAAAGGGUGGGUGGGGAAACUGAGGCACAAAGAGGGAAGUGACUUACCAAAGGUCACACAGCAGUUGAGUGGUAGAGCUGAGGAUAGAACCCAGGAGUCCUGACUCCCAGCUCCCCUGCCUCCACAACCCAUGGGGCCAAAUUCAGCUCUUUCUGGGAUGACAGAAGAUGGGGGGGGGGGCAACGGGGAGAGGAAGCCCUUGUGUGGUAGAAGGGGAUAACAGAGAAGUGGGAGCUAAGCUUGGUACAAUCUUGUGAAACUCAGAUCACCUGGGUUCUUUCUGCCAGUAGAGGGCUUCCUGGGGCAGGGUCUUCCUUUGUUGGUCAUCUGUACAGCUCCUGGCACACUGGGGUCCCAGUACUUGAUCCAGACUAGCAGGAACUGCCUCAUUACAGAUAAUCAAUAGUAAUUAACAAGAUGGCUGAGGCAUGAGUCAUGACAGAUUCAUACUAGCCUCACAUACAAUCUCUGUUGCACACGCAGAACCGCACACACAGAUGGGGAGUAAGGAAGUUGCCUUUCCCGGCAGUUCCAGACUCUCGGAAAAAAUUGGUUUUGGGUUGAACCAAACCCCAAAUGUUUUUGAUAUUUUCAGCAAAUCAAAAAUUUAGGAGGCUGGAAAAAACAUUUUGGGUCAAAUAAAAUGGCUUGUUUUAAUUUUAAGCGUUUUAAAGCAUUCUUGAUUUUAUUUUAAAAGUAGAAUUUAAAGGAAACUUUGAAACAAAAAGCUAUUUUGAACCCCCAACUUGAAACAUUUUAAAUUUUUUCCUAACAGUUUAAUUUUUUUCUACCCAACCAACUGAUUGAAACUGGUGUGAAAUGUUUCAGAGUUGCUGCAUUGGCAUAUUUCUCUUGGAAGAAAAGUAGUGCGUGUGAAAAACUUCUCCCACCUCUGCACACAUGCACCCACACACACCCACACACACACACACACAGUAUGACACGUUCAGAAAGUUAGAAGGAAGGGAGGAAUCAUGGGCAAUCACCGGUUGCAGAUGUUCCUUGUCUGUUUUUGGAUUUUCAGGCACGCCCCUAUUGCAAUAUUUAUGCCCCCUGUUGCCUACAGUCAGAAUUGCCCCAGGGCCCUGCACUGGUUGGUGCGGGAUAGGAACGUGUGAGGGAAUUAAUUUGGUUCCUGCUGCGAUGACCUUCUUGGGGGCCGGUGCCUGGGGUCUGGGACAGGCUGUGUCACAGUCUUAUUU